AUGACCUACGAACGCCAACGCGCCAUUGAAUCCUACGGCUGGACCCCCGUCCCUGCUUCCCUCUCCCUCCUCAUCGAAACAUCUCCAUCCGCCUCCACCCCCGCUCCUCCCCUCCCAAUAACCUCUCUCCCCUUCCCCACCUCCCCCCUCAUAGCCCGCGUCCAAGAAUGUGCACGCAGCACCCUCCCCCUCGAAACCUACCACCACUCCAUGCGCGUCUACCACUACGGUGUCGCCAUCCUCUCACACGCAUUCCCAUCCUGGACCUCCAUCGACGCCUCGAGUAAAUUGCUCGAGAGCUAUGCUUUGACUGCUUUAUUGCAUGAUAUUGGGACCGUGCCUAAAUAUUUGCAAGAGACGCUUAUGAGUUUUGAAUUCUAUGGGGCGUUUAUUGCGGAUGGGGUGUUGAGGGAUGUGGGGGUGGAGAGGGAUCAGAGGGAGUUGGUUGUGGAGGGUAUUAUCCGACAUCAGGAUUUGGGGGAGGUGGGGACGCAGACGAGGGUGGGUGGGCUAGUGCAGUUGGCGACGAUUUUUGAUAAUGUGGGAUUGAAUGCGCAGUUGGUGGAUGAGAAGACGAUUGAGAACGUAGUGGGGGUGUGGCCGAGAUUGGGGUGGAGUAAAUGUUUCGCACAUACGAUCCAGCAGGAAAAUGGCCUGAAACCUUGGGCUCAUACGACGCAUUUGGGGGUGAGAGAGUUUCCGGAGGGGGUCAUGGAGAAUAAAUUGAUGGAGAAAUGGGAGUGA